UCAUUCUGUUAUUGUGUGUUGUUUUAGUUUGGUGAAUGUUAAACUGGACACGUCAAAAGUAAAUCGAACAUAUCAAACGAACUGUGCAAAAUGUUGGAGAGGCAAAGUUCCCGAGGAAAUUUGCAUAGACAAUCUACAUUACGGAAUAUUAACAAACAUAGUUGCUUACAGAGACAAAAAUCUCGCCAUACUCUACAGCGGCAACACUCAAACGUUGUCCUGCAGGCAAAAAUCUCCGACGUUAACAACAACAUCAACGUCAAUUCCGUUCUCAGUGUUACGCACGUCAGUCCAAGAGUGCGCCAUCUGCUGCUGAAGCACACAAAGUUUGGAUUUAUUGACAGAUUCCAAAACCUAAGUCUUGCCGGAAGUAGUGCCGAUAUAAAAUCGACUGAAAGUCUGCCAAGCAUAUUAACUGAAAGUGACACACUUAUUCGUGACUGUCAAAUGCCAGAGUCGCUAUUUCGCGACGACUUUACAGCAUCUAAGACGAUCAACAAAGACGACUUUGAACUGGGACGUGUUUUGGGCGCUGGUGGGUUUGGCUCCGUCUAUCUGGGCAUUUUCCAGAAGCAGAAGGUCGCAAUUAAAGUGAUGCACAAGUACACGAAGAACCCCGCCGCUCAGAUCGAAAGCUUCAAGGCGGAGCUGCAUGUGAUGAGGUUCAAUCACCCGAACAUCGUGAGGACACUGGCCGCCACGCACAUCGACAAGUUCGAUGAGGGCGCCUGGAUUAUCAUGGAGUACGUCGGUUUCUCGAACCUGUACAAGCUUCUCAGUGACUCAGAGGAAGUCAUUGCGAAUGAGAGGCGCUUGAAGUUCGCGAUCCAGAUCGCCAGCGCUCUCGCGUACGCCCACAAACACAAGGUGGCGCAUUUGGACCUUAAGCCCGCGAACAUUCUUAUAACGGACGACGACAACUGCAAAGUGGGCGACUUCGGCUGCUCGCAAAAAGUGGAAAUUGACACUGGUGUUGUGAGUCCAACAAACCGGUCGAUCCUUACGGGAACCUUCGCAUAUCGUGCACCGGAACUGCUACGCGGCGAGCCGCCGACGUUCAAAGCAGACGUGUACUCUUUUGGAAUAACCCUGUGGCAACUGAAGAGCCGCGAGACGCCAUUCUGCAACCAGAACCAGCAUGUCGUCAUUUUCGCCGUCGUCGCAAACGGUAUGCGUCCACCGGAUAUGAGCCCCGCGGAGACGGAUCCGUUCGAGCUCAGCUACAAGGACCUUUAUGCUCAGUGCUGGACCGCGAACCCUCUCGACCGGCCGUCUGCCAGUGAGGUCGUCGAUGUCCUGAAUAUCUGGAAACUGCAUUUGUGACGUCAUAUAGCGGCGUUAUGACACCUUUGCAUGACUGAUCUGGUGUUUUGUUUACAAUGAAUUAUUUUAGUAUAUUUUAAAUAACUUGAAGUGGUAUUAUUAAAAAAUGAUUGUCAAGUGUUUGGGGAUAAACUUAAAUAUAACUAGCGACAAGACGGAAAGAAAAUACACUCGUACUUGAACUUCGUAUCAUGUAAAACAAAAGAGAUAAUUUAGAGAACAAUCGCUUUAAAAAGGUAUAUUUGUGAUAUUUUGUAUGUGUUAAUACUUGUUGAUCUGAUUUUCAUAUAUAAUGAAUAAUGUAUUAAUUGCGCCUGUAAAUAUAGAAAAAAAUAACGAAUUUUGCGAUUUUUUUUAACGAAUGUUACAAUUUGUUCCUCACGCGCCCCUGAGUCUUUCAUUUGUAUAUAUACGCGUGCAAACUAUUUAUAUACAUAUCAUUUUGAUUUACAAUCUAUUUACAAAGCUGUUCAUGUUGUACAUUGAUUACUUUUGCAAUUAACUUAUACAUUUUGCACAUUUUUUGUGCAUAUUUUUUGUACAGAUUUACUGAUAUACACGUGUACAUAUUUAUACGUUUUUUUUCUCACCGUUUUACAUUGAUAUUUAAUAUAUUUGUAUGCUUUUUGUGCA